CCCAUUCUGCGGACAUUUGAAUCCUGGAAUAUCGACAAAUAAUGUUUCACUGCAUCCCGCAUCCCUGCUCGAAGUGUAUGACGUUAUUUUCACGCCGCUCUCUCUGAUGUCUCCGGUGAAGGUGAGGAAUGGAUAAUAUGCGGCGGUUUCAGCGGAGAAUAACAUGAGCAUUCCUCCAUUACGCUAAAAUGACAUCGUGCACCCAGCCAGCUUUUUGUUUGGAAUGAUAAUGAUCUCAUCCUGUACACAUCACCCUUAUGUUCUUAUAGUAGGCUAUAAUAAUAAUUGCAUCACCUUGUGUAGGCAGGUCAGAUGAACUAACGCGCAAAAGCGCUCUUUGUCUGGCUGCGGGUGCGCGUGUUGGCGCACGCGCUCAAUCAAUCAAUCAAUCACAUCAAUCGCCUUAUUUUCUUCGCGUGGAUCGAUGGAGCCGUUCCUGCAGAUCGCGCCGCACUCGCUGGCCAUCGUGCUGUCGCGCGUCGUGGCGAAGGACGCGCCCGGGGUGACGGAGAGCGAGGAGCCGCCGCACCAUCACACCGGCUACGAGAUAUUCGCCGACUUCAAAAGCCUCAACAUGAAAUAUUUCUGGAAUAAGAUGGUGGCCGAUGCCAUAGCCGAGACCUUUUUCCUGGGCUGGAUCGAUGAGCAUGUGUUACUGAUCCAGGGGAAGGAGGAUCACCUGGAGGUGUUGAGGGAAGCAUGGAUGAGAAGGUCCCUCAAACCCCCGCAGGGCUUCGACAUCAAAUAUCUCGGUGAUGUGUCUCCCAUCAGCAUGUCUCCUAUCAGCCAAUCCCAGUUCAUUCCGCUGGGAGAGAUCCUGUGCCUGGCAAUCUCUGCCAUGAACUCUGCCCGGAAGACUGUCACGCAAGAGACGCUCAUCGAACACUUAGCAACAUGCUUCCCAGGUGUCCCGACUCCAAGUAUGGAGAUUCUGCGGCACACGCUCAACAUGCUGGUCCGAGAACGGAAGAUAUACCCCACCCCAGAGGGUUAUUUCAUAGUCACCCAGCAGACGUACUUCAUCACGCCUUCCCUAAUUAGGACUAACAGCAAGUGGUAUCACCUGGAUGAGAGGUUACCGGACCGCAUGCAGCAGCAACCAUGUACCUCUCCUCACUCUGGUACCAUGACCCCUUCCACCUCCAGUUGCGUCCGGGAGAGAACUCACCAAAAGAACCAUAGUGACUCCUAUAACAACAGCUAUCGGGAGGAAAUACCAAGUACACAUACCUCAACCUUACAAAAAAGGUCUAAAGAACAUAAAGAGUCUUCUCCUGUGUCACCACCCCCUCAGCAGCCAUCAGAGAAGAGUACACAUACUAAGAAUACACUUAGUUUUCCAUUUAAAACAGAGACAAACAGUAAAAACAAAGACGGAAGCAGCAGCAAUGGAGAGAAGCAAUCCAAAAAGUUUGGGCUGAAGCUCUUCAGGCUGAGCUUCAAGAAGGACAAGACGAAACACGUUGCCACGUUUUCCGCCCAGUUUCCACCUGAGGAAUGGCCAUUGCGGGAUGAAGAGAUACCCACCACUGUUCCUAGAGAGGUGGAGAUGGAGAUCAUCCGUCGGAUCAACCCAGAUCUGACAGUGGAGAACUUGGCUCGCCACACAGCCGUGAUGAAGCGCUUGGAGGAGGAGAAGGCGCAGAGGAACAAGGCAAACUCAUCGGCUCAGCAGAGUGCACGCAGUAAGAGGAGCCGCAGCCAUCGAAAGACCCAGCAGGGCAAGGCCUCACGUUCUCAAAGCAAAACACGAGCUUCCAGGGGGGACCCGUCUGAGGGAUCCAAUCUGGAUAUAUCCUACGAUAGGGAUUACAAAUUCUACAGCUCCUCAUUAGUACGUUCUCCACGUGAAACCAUGAUGUCCAUGGAGCGGAAUAGGGGUAAGUAUAUGGUACACAGCAACCCCAAUAUUGUGGAGUCACAUUUUACCACUGCUCCAGAGUGGGAUGUUUCUGGAGAACUGGCAAAGCGGAGGACAGAGAUGCCAUUCCCAGAACCCUCAAGGGCACAGUCGCAUUCCAAAGUCCACCGAAGUCAUAGUCAUACUCAAGAGAGAAAGUCCCGAAACGAGAGGUCAGAUAAGGCCAAAGAAAGGUCACGCUCCAUGGACAACUCUAAGGGGCCACUUGGUGGUCCAUACUUGGGUUGCCCAGAGGACUUUGAGUGCAGUCCAGAUGACAGAAGUCGGUACUACACCGAUGAUGGUACUUUGAGGGCAUCUGCGAAGGCGACACACUAUUCUCGAAUCAUGCUCUCUGCUGCUAGAUUACACUCUGACGUUUGUGUGCCUGAUGUUGGAAGAGGAUCUUCAGAGGAUGCUGUGCUUUACAGGACACUGGAGAAGAGUAAAAGCAGGGACAGUCUUCCUGCUUACAAUGAUCUGAAGUCUUGCUCUCCCAAAGCAGCUGUGGAUGACUAUUUCCAGUGCACCGCGGCAAAUGAAUCCGCUCUCUCCGCCCCAUCUCCUCUCCUAAAGCCCAGCUAUGAUUUUACGGAUAGUGUUUGGAAGGGAAUCUCCUCAGACCGACAGACUCCUCAUCUUACCCCUCCUCACCCUAUGGAAUAUAAAGAGGAAAAAACAAAGGGACAAAGUAGUAUCCCCAUAGCAGUAACAAGCCAGACUCCUGAGCCUCUCCCUAAUGGACGAUUGUCGCAUCAACACAAACCAGACUCAGGUGACUUGGACACAAUGCCAGAGGUUUACAGCCAAGAGACUUUGUUAAAACCUCAAGAAUACAUUGAGAGCAGCUUUUCAAGGCCAGGUACGAUGGGUAGGUCCCCUCACACAAAGUCGCCAGAGGUGCUAGAGAAUCAGGAGCAUUUCGAUAAACCUUUACCGCUUACCAUGCCACCGUCCUCUGCUCAGGAGCAGGCUUCUUGCGCAGAAACCAACUUCGACUACUACAAUGUGUCGGACGACGACUCAGAGGAGACUAGUCAUAAGAACAGGGUAGAGGGGAAAGUUCAUGAAGAGGGAGGGACAAUGCAAUGGCUGCUGGAACGAGAGAAGGAGAGGGAUUUGCAGCGGAAGUUUGAGAAGAACCUCACCUUCCUAAGCCCAAAGGAGGGUGAGGGCAACAACAGCCAAAAAUCUGUCCAUUCAACACGUUUGGACAGUAUGGACUCCAGCAGUGUGACUGUGGACAGUGGAUUUAAUUCCCCACGCACACGGGAAAGCCUCGCAUCAAACACCUCAAGUAAUGUGGAAAAUAGCAGGCGCCAGAAUAUGGCUUUGAGUCCAGGACAUAUUGGCACCAAAAGACCCCCGCCACCCUACCAGCCCCCCAGCUUCCGUACCAUUCGUGAGCCACCUGCCAACCGCACGGAGAAACAGGCCUCCAUCACCAGCGUGUAGUGGCACAGCCGGGGCAGGAGUGGGUGUCACCUAUUAAACUGUACUUCAUCAGGACUAUUACAAACUUAAAGGCCAGGACCUUCUGAGCGUGUGAGAAGACUGUCCCAGCUGUAUUUUCCCAUACAGAAAAGUUUCAAACAUAGUUUGUCAUAAUUCAUUGGAGGCAUCUUUUUUUAUAUUUGGAACAAAUACUGCUGCAGACAAAAAAAGUCACUUAUUUAGGACAACAUUUAGGGGUUUGGCGAUCAUAUUUGGGAUAAAUUGAUCAAAACGCAUUUGUAGGUGUCCUUUAUAGCUUAAUGUAUCCACUACGGGUCUUGUCUGUCUUCUAAUCCAAACUGGCUGCAUUGCCUCUGCUUAUUCAUACAUCGCUGUGUCUCAUGUUUCAAUCUGCACUCAGGUCCCUCCAAACUCUACUGAUUUGCUGGCUUGUGACCAUUGCUGGCCAUAACUUGAAGGCCACAGUAAUUACUAUUUGUGGCAUCAUCCCUAAAAUCCGUACAACAUUAUACUCUCUAUUUCCUCUGGAAUCGUUUAAUCACAUUCUUGUGUAUCGUCCACUGUCCAGGGAUCAGUUUAAUCAGGCUGUCGUUUUGAAUGGAAUGCCCAAAAUCACAUCUUUGCACAUUUGAGUGUAAUGAUAAUUCAAAUGACGGCCAUGGAUUUAAAUGAAAUUUAACAAGAUAUACCACCAUCAUGGAAUUAUUUGUUUUGUAAAAGAUCAUUUAGAUUCUAUUGGUGCUUUCUCAUGGAAUGGACUGUCUUAAUUUAAUAUUUCGUUUUUUUCAAUAUUCUCUUUUAACCAGGUGCUCUCAAAUAUAGAACAAGGCGACACCGAAUACACACAUUGCUACCUCCACAAUUUGUACAGUCUUAGGAGACAAGAGUGAUUUCCAUUUCCAUCCCAAAUGUCUGCUGUAUUAGACACAUCACUAUCAGUUUGCAAACUGUGAAUGUACUGCUAGUGCUUUUCAGACACAUCUAGAUCUUCUGAACUUGGUCAAAGCGUUAGUAACCUACCGUCAUUCUAAUACAGACACUUCUCAUUGUAAUAUAGGAGGAGACUUGUGUAGGGUUUGGAAUUAUUUAGGACCCAUAUAUAGAAUGUCAAAUUUAGACUUUCAUAUCUCUGAUAUGUCCAGCCAUAUUAAAUUAUUUAUUAUUAUUGCAAUUAUAUUUUUUUCCAGUUCAUUUAGUGUAGAAAUUCAAGGUUAAGCAUUUAAAUAUUAUUUCACUGAUUCUUGAGAUGUUGGACAAAACAUGUUAUCUUGAAAAUAGCAACAUUUUCACUUUAAAUUUUAAUAGAGAUGAUCAAUAAUGUGGUUUUAAUAACAAUAUACCAUUUCAUUUUAUAUUAUGGAAUUGAUAUCAUAUCACACUCACUAGCCUCAAAACUAAAUGUCCUCAUACUAUAACUCAAAACUUCUCUUUCCAUACAGAAAUCUAAGGGUGUGUUCAAACUUGUAGCUCGGUUCUCUUUGUUCGGACCAAAAAAGAAAAUUAAUACAUUUAGUCCUGGUUCGUUUAGCGUUCACACUGGCAUUUUUAACAGCGACCCUAACGAUACAAAAUCAAGGGCAUCAGGAGAAAGUCACGACCUGAUUGGACAGAUUUUAUAACGUAUAUUUUUUUUGACGGAACUUACCGAACAUUCAAAACAAAGUGCGCCCGUUGGAUGUAUAUAUAUGGUGGUAUUUUUACCAGCUGAGAACAAACGUAGAGUUAAUAAAAUGUGUAAAGGAGUCAAAACAGCGGCAGGAAUUCCUCCAUUGCACACACAAACGAAGAUAUGCUGCAAGGACAGCUGACGGCGGUUCCGACGCCAGUACCGAACUGUAAUGGGCAACAGCUCAUAUGAUGAGAAGAACCAGAUAUGCUUGAGGUCAGUAUUAGGCAAAUUACUUCCUGUUUUUGGUCCGUUUAGACGUCUUUGGUCCAUGUUGCGUUCAUAUAUCAAUCGAACCGCUCCAGAGUUCGUUUGGAAGCGGACCGAGACUGCCUGAAAAGUGGGUCUCGGUCUGCUUCCAAACGAACUAUGGUGCGGUUCGAUUGAUUGUUAACUUGGUGUUUAGUGCGCAUCAAGUGGAUUCUGGUGACAGCGUUCACACUUGUUCAAAUGAACCGCACUAACAGAGCAAUCGCACCAGAGUUCCUUUUAAUCGAACCAAACCUGCCAUGUGUGAACACACCCUAAUAUAUUGCCAUAUAUAAACAAAUAUGUGUACAGUAUAGUUCAUAUAAUUGAACAUAUAUGUACAUAUUUAAAUUAAACUUGUACCAUAUAUGAAAAUAUAUUUCUGGUAUGUGCUUUGAAUAUUUUGCCAUGAAAAUAUUUAAUUUAUUAAAUAUGAAAAUAAAUUAUUUGAUAAUUAGCCUAACUUUAAGUGGGUCUUUUUUGUAGCUAGUAGCCUAAUACCAGAAAUACAUACUGGAUCCUGCAUUUAAAACAUUAAAAAAAAAUCUGAAUACGCAUCACAGUUGUGAGUUUUGCACCAGUUCUCAAGAAUCAGUUUUAAAGUUUUUAAAUACGUUUUUAAAUCAUAAUCGGUCUGGAAAAAAAGAGGUUCAUGUAAAAUGACUUUCCAUUUAGUAACCAUCUGUUAUAUUUCAUCGCUGAGUAGAAGUUCUAGAAUGGAUACUGGAGGAUUAUAAAGGGUCAUGCUUUCAUAUAAAUGGAUAAACUGCAGCCAGGACUACCUUGUUAUACCAUUUUGCACUAAUGCCUGUUCUCUGGUGACUGUAAAAAGAAAAAAAAGGAAAGAAAAAAAUUCCAAGUGUAUGCUCUGUUUAUAAUGAACAUAUUUGAAAUGAAAUACUAGUCCAUAAAAUGUCUUCCCUAAACAUGAUGGAUUUCUUAUGGUUCUCAAUAACAUUGUUCCUUAUUGUGACAUAACGUCAUUUUGUUAGAGAUGGCUAUCUGUCAAGCGGAGUAUAAAAACCUACAAGGGGGAUUUCUUGUAAAGUAUAUACUAUUUAAAAGAUUCCCCAAUUGUGUAGUUGUGCUAUUAAAUGUUUUAGUGUACUAAAUCCCUCCCUUGGGGAUUGUGUAAGUUUUUAAGACAAUAAAAUAAAAU